AACGAAAAAAGAACAAAAAUGCGGCCUCGCUAGAAUGACUUGCAUCGCCAGUGACAAGAAGAUCCCUUCUCAGGACAACCCAAAGACCGAAGCCGAAAAGAUCCUUUCCAAGGAACCCCCCAACUACGCACCGCCCUAUCGUUAUUAGACAGCAAGGUACAUUACUGCGUACUUCGUACCUGUGGGCUGUAAGGUACGGAAAGACACCGUGACACCCAGCAAAACCAUCUCCAACUCUAAUUAUCCCUGCCAGUCCCAAGUCUCAAGAGUCUGCGAAACUCGCUUGUCCUUCAGGCUGUUUUGGAAGUCCCGUGCUGGCGUCCCCACUGACGUGCUGUCUACCUCAUGUGCAAGACUCUUCUUGGUCUCUACCCGUACCUACCUUACACUAUCGUGACGUGCCUAGCUAUCAUACCAAGUCAUGGUAGCGUGGGUAUCUGUACGGAGUAGUAGGUACGGAUAGGUAUGGAUUCGUUCGUACUCGAAGGAUCAACACACACACACACACACCUGCCAAGGUACCUUGAUCUGGGUAAAGGCAGCUUCUGCUGUAACGUUGGCGCAGCUAGGGCAAUGUCACUCUCCACAUACCUUUGGGUGUGGAACGACUUGCGACUCUGCCCAGACCACCAGCCACUUCGCCGCAUGAACCAGACGUCAAGCUUGCGAACUUCACCUUGUUUUACCACGCAGCAUCCGGCCGGGUUUGAGGGGUUCCCUCGGUCAUCGAGCCUUAGGCCUUGUGUCUCCCGUCUGUUGCGCUACCAAGUAGUCUUCUGUCUAGAUGCCAACUGUCUAGGCCUGCCCCUCGCUCUUGAUACGCAAUAAUUCGCCUCAACCACAUCUCGUCUUGGCCCUAAGGUAAGCCAAGGUGACUCGACACGAUGCACUCAACACACGGACAGGACCGCGCCAUGGAUCGCAAACAGUGGCACCCAUAACGCUCCGCUCCGAGUUGCUGCUCGCUCGUCCGUCAACCUUCCACUCCCCUAUCUUUCCUUCUCUUCCCAAGUGUCACAAGUCUGGGCAUCCCUUUGAACGGAUGAAUCCACCCGUGACGCGGCUAGAUCUACGUUGUCCCCGUCGUUCAAUGCGAACCUCCGCGGUCCGAAGCCCGCAAUGCAAAUCUCGAGAGGGAGCUCCGGCAGGCACUUGUCAUGUUCACCACCAAACACUGCCCACGGUUCGAGACUCAGCUGUUCCUCGACUCUUGUUUCCUGAAUCAGCCCCCUCGUCAAACACGUUUGCAUCGUAAACGUCGAUACACUUUGGCGCAAUGGCUUCUUUGUGGCUCUUAAGCAGCCCAACUGACUUAACCUUCUGUCAAUAUCAGCCUAGACAUGUCGUCAACGAAUACUUCAGCUCCCCUGCCGCCUCCGCCGCGUAUCUUCGGGGCUGCCUUACUCAAUCUGCACAUAAAGAGUACAGACCACCGCUUCUCGCAUCCGAUUUCGAGCUUGCCUACCACCUACCUAAGCUAGUUUCAAACUCGGCCAUCUUCUCCACCUAUCGACCCCUUUGCACGUAUAUGUCGGUCACUUCAAGUUCCCACUGGCACUGCAGCAUCAGCCUCCUUGUGUAAUGCCAUCUGCGUACACGCCCUUACUACGGAUAGUGGGUCUUAUCACGGCAAGGAGGUCCCGGCGCCCCUGCGAUCCAGCAAAAUAAGGUAGCGCCUCUGGUCCCUGUUCGACUACAACGCGUAUUCGUCUCAUCUACCACCUGUCACCUACGCUCCGCCUCCUUCCGGUCUUCGAUCGGUGGGGGGAAUCUCCCGGAACCGUCGUCAGUGUUUCUUCUAACAUGAUCUGCAUCAAGCCCGACGCUGAAGCCAUGUCUGUUGCUCUCCUCCUCUGGCAUAGGCCUCUCUCUCCGUUCCCAGGACACAGAGGCUCCAUCUCUUUUGCUGGCCCCGCUAUCCCAUCUGUUCCAUCGCCCAGAGACGAUCAAGAACUCGGCGGAAAAUUCUGACCGAGACAAGCCUUGGGAAGCUUGGCAUACAGAGGUUAACUUACACGAGCCUGUGACAACGGAUGGAAACCCGCAACCUUACCGAGACCCCAGAGUCCAAGGUAACUGCCCCCAUCCCGCAACUCCAGGUCCGCGAAUCUGUCUACCUAACCGAGAGUCCUUGAACCUCAUCCUUGGGGUAGGCAGCAUGCCAAGGCAUUGGAGAGGCUAAGCCUCAGUGUCAAACCCGACCAUGGUGCGGUUCUUUGGACUCCUCACACCACAACCACAACACCCCCCGGCAUCUUGCCUGUCAAUGUUCUGGAAGCCGUGGCCACCGACCUUGACCUGAGGUAGCAGAUGCAGUCCAAAAAUCUACGUUCAUCGCAAAAAUCGUACGAUAUUGUUUAUGGUGGCUGCCACUCCACGUGUGGCUUUUGGUGAUCAUCAUAAAGCCUAUCCGGCUCAUCAACCGAGCUUCCCUAGCAAGAAACACAUUGAAAAUCUCUUCAUGAUCAUUCUUUAUACAUCAUCUGAUGGCUUCCCGCGAAGUCUACCUACAGCAUACCCUUCUCAACCUCGUCCUUUCUCUCCUCCCACAGCGUCUUGCCGGUGCAUGAACAGACCGUCUUAUCAUUGUCCCACACGCCGGCACUCCUGGCAAUCACGCCGACUAACGUGUCUGGGUCAUUUUUCAACGCCCCUGCAGACUCAUCUUGUCUCGAGACGACCAUGGCAUGGCCAAUAACUUCCCAGAUUUGAAAGGAUUUGUCGAGAUAGGCGCUGCCUCUGCCAUCCUGGUCGACGUUGAAGACGCCCAAGAAGCCCUUGGCGGCGGCGGCGUCUUGACUGCCUCCCGACCAGACAGGGCCCGUCGAUGAUGCGCCCUCUGCCAGGUUACCGUACUCACGGAUUGUAGCUCGGUAUGACCCGGGGGCAACGCCGCGUAGCGUCAUGUCGAUCAGAGUUGUAGUCGGGGAGACCUGCACCAUUCUAGCCAGACCCCUGACCUCUCGGUCUCGCUGCUCAUUCAACUUUGAAGGCGCAUCAUCUGCAUGGUAAAAAGACUCGAGGAUGCUUACAGCCGCGCCUAAGAGACGUGGUGAGUCAGCGGUCAGAUGCAGUCCGGUAUUCCCAGGUGAGCGAGUUUGAACGACGACGAUGACAACCCAAAACCUGACCCCAUCUGCCGACACCAGUGCCGGUGUGACAAGACAAGUUAGGUGGUAUCAGGAAACAACUUAAUGUCCGCCAAGGGGUUACAGGAAAUGCGGAUAGGAAAGUUGGACUUGGACGACGAGAACACAAAAGCCAAGAAGAGAAAGAAGAGGCUUCAGUUGACCUACUGUUUGAUCCUCCAGAGCCUCGCAGGAUGGCGUCCCUCCCCGUGGCUUGGAUGGCGUCAACAAUUGUUGAUGGUGCGGCUGCAAAACGUCGCCAAGAGUGUUAGCGGCCGGUACAUUCUUUUCUUUUCUUCAAACGGCAAGACAUUCAAUUCUUUGAGUCUAUCCAUCCCCCAUGACAGUUUUGCAAGGCAGCGAAUACAAUCUUGAGUGGAUCAACACGAUGGCCGCUGUCAAACCGGCAAGCUUGGGAAGCCUCAAAGCAUCGCGUGUAUGUGUGGGACGCACAACAGCAAAACCCAAAUGGGUGUAAGACAGGGAAGGGGGCGUGUGUGUGUGUGUGUGUGGAUGGAGGAGGGAUCAACAGCCAUGAGCCGCAAGAAGGAUGAAAGUGAAAAAAAGCUUUCAGAGUUUGCGGCAGAAGACGACGUACCUGUGCCCUCGACGGAAAGCAAUUGGUCCUUGAGAUUGGCCUCGACCUUGGUGAUACCCCCGAGCUUGUACAACGAGUCUGAAACGUCCUUGACGCAGCUGUCACAUGUCAUGGGUACGGCGAAAACGGUCUAGUGUUGGAUUUUCAGACGUUUCAUUAGCCAUUUGAUUCAGUUGAGCAAUUACACCCCCAUUGCUGUGUGUUGUAGAUUUGGGUAUACUUGAACAGGUGGAAAAAGGCAAUGGGUAGUAAAUGGGCAAACGAUGAGGCCCGUGUAUGUGCGUGCGGAAGAGAAAUGGACCCUCAUACGCACAUGUCCCUCUACCCGGAUUGCGUGCGUCUGAACGGGACGGUAUUGGCGGAGGACGGAGCGCGCGAGAAUGAAGGAACAAGACUUUGUCUCCUCGGCCAGAUCCCGUGUCCGUGACGGAGACCUUAGGGGCGGGUGAACUGCCUGCCUGACUGACUGGGCUUGCCGGGCAAAGGGGGAAGGGAGGACCAGACUGGAGAACAGGCAUAGAGAGAAAGAGAGAGAGAAACGGUGUUGAGAACUCACCUGAAAAGGAUAUGAGACGGUCAUGGUGAAGGGUCGUCUGCUUGGCUGCAGCGGGCUUCGUAGCAGAGAGCGGUAAUUGUGGAUGAAGUCAGGAAGGCAGUAGAGCAUGCUCUGUCCUUGUAGGACCCUUUGUUGUUUGUGCUGUUGUUGAGAUGAGAAAAAAGUGAGGUCAGAUUGUUAAACUCCGGUAGAUUCCCGUUCCUAAAAUAAAAAGAGAGAUGGGGUUUGUCGUUCUCGGGAAAAAGAGCCCCAGGGAAUAUUGGUUUGUCGCGGGUUUACUUUGUGACUAUCCCACUUUGACAAGACUCCCAAAGUUUUCGAGUGGUAGUGCUCGUAGAUAUGGUUAUGACGCUGUUGAAUUGCGUACCGACAACCUAUGGGAUGACUGUGCCGGCAUAUGCGGGUUUAAUACUCAUGGCCCAUCGUGGAGUAAAGUUGUCUGUGAAUAUGGGCUUGCUUUGAAAUCGUGCUGCCCCUCCUCUCCCACUCGCAGCCAGCGGACAGCGAGCACGGCGCAAUUGGAUCGCAUCGCCUCAUUGCUUUCCGUCGUCUUCUGCCCCGCCAUGAGAACGCUCGGGCCAUUUCUUUUUGGAGAGCAUCGGCCCCAAAGUCGGCGCUCGGUCUCUGCAGCUGGAAGCAGUCUCAACAGCUGGCACCAUCUGCUGGAUCGAAAGCACUUUCCUUCACCGAGCUGAUGGGAUGUUAUCAUUAUCGUCACGUGAGAACGCUCCCGGCUCCAAAAUUUUGGGAGAAGCUCAGGGUCAGCCUAUUGAAUGGAGAUCGCCAACGACGCCCAAGAACGCGUGACGACGACAUUCUUUUUCCGAGAUCUGACGACGACGCUUCAUCGCUGGCUUGCCCGCUGCCAGAACCGUCCGAUUGACCAAUUCGGUCCGCGAAUACCAGAAACGAGCGUCAACGUCGGCUGAGGCGGCCGGCCCCAGAAAACACAUUUCAAGAUGUCGCAAACCAUCGGCCUGACGCGCCUCUCCUACUCCCGAGUAUGGCACCAAAUCUCCGCCUCGGCGCCCCACGAGAUCCUCUCGACCCAACCGGGCGUCACCCCGCCCUCGCUGGGCCGCCUGGCCAGCCGCAUCGCCGUGCUGCUGAUGGGCAAGCACAAGCCGACCUGGGACCCGUCGACGGACUGCGGCGACUACGUGGUGGUGACGGACUGCGCGGCGCUGCACGUGACGGGACGCAAGAAGUGGCAGAAGACGUACUACCGACACAACACCCGCCCCGGUAGCCUGCGACAGGUGACGAUGGACGUGCUGAUGGAGAAGCACGGCGGCGCCGAGGUCCUGCGCAAGGCGGUGAGCGGCAUGUUGCCCAAGAACAGGCUGCGGGAGAAGAGGCUCGCGAGGCUCAAGGCUUUCGAGGGGGAGGCGCAUCCGUAUAAGCAGAAUGUUAUCCGGUUUGGGGAUGUUCCUGUCGGCAAGACGGGGUGGGAGGAGCAGGUGAAGGCGAUUCGGGAGGCGGAUUCGCAGAGGAUAUGAGAGGGGUUUUUAUUGUCUCUCUUUGUGCGGAACAGUGGCUGUGAAGGGAAUAUGGAGGGGAAGGGACGAGCGAGGUGUAAAGUAAAGCCGUCUUGAGUCGGCGUGUAUAUUCUGUACGAAUACGG